UGGUAACGAGGGAAAUGAUUCAGAAUAAUCUGAAGGAAUUAUCUCAAGGAAAUUAAAACAUAAAACGGAUCCAAUUAAAAAUCUGAAAUAAAUCAUGCAUAUCUCAUGCGUACUGUAGCCUAUAAAACGAGAAUAAUAUCGUUACGUACUAUAAUACCGUUUUAAAGUAGUAUGCACUAUUCUGCCCUGCAGUUUAGUAUGGCAGUACACGGGAUUUGACGUAGCUAGGGUCCUUGACAUCACCGUAGUAACCAAGCAGUGUAGGUACACAGAAAAAAAGGACAGGAACUUCCGGGUGACGUAAAAAAAAAAAAGCAGUAGUAAUGUAAUUUGUGCGAAUUAUUAACCACUGAGCGAUUUGUUUAGUCUUUACAGAUCAUGAGAUUAGUGAUGGGAAUAAUUCUUUUUUUAAAUACAAUGAUAGAAAACCCGAACCAGCCUGACGCACAGCCGUACAGCGAAUCAGACCCAAGCACCGCGUCAGAGCUCGCCACAGAUAAGACAAAAGACCUCCAGCGGUUUUCUUCUCUAAUUACUAUAUAAAUUAGGGAAAAUAUGGAAGCUAAAAGGGACAAAGAGUAUGUAGCUCGUCAGGAGGCUUCGCUCCUUCAGGGUUGGGGGUUCAAAUCCUGCCUCUGCCCUGUCUGCAUGGAGCUUGCAUGUUCUCCCCCUGCUUUGGGGAUUUCCUCCCCCAGUCCAAAGACUUGCCUUGUAGGCUGACUGACAUCUCUAAAUUGUCCAUGGUGUGUGAUUGGGCCCUGUGGUAGUGUCCCCUGCCUUGUUCCCUGGGAUAGGCUCUGGGUGACCUGGGGUAGUUAUAGCUUUAACCUAGUCAGGGUCAUGGUGGACCUGGAGUCUAUCCAAGAAACACUGGGUGCAAGGUGGGAGAAUUCACACUGUACUGUAUGUCUGCACACACCAACACAUUCACACACUCAUUCACACCAAAGGGCAAUUUAGAGUAGACAAUCCUCCUUUCAGUGUGUUUUUGGAUAGUGGGAGGAAACUGGACAACCCAGAAAAAAAGCCACACAACACAGGCAUCACAAUGUGAAACUCCACCCAAGCACAGGAUCAAACCAGGGAGCCUGGAGCUGAGAGACAGCAUCACUACCCAAUGUGCCACUGUGCUACCUAUAUACACAUUCAGUUUAAUCAAAUUACACCUGCCCUCUUUUCCCCCACCUUGGUAGCUGAUGUCAGGGAUGUCGAAGAGUGUGCAAAGAUCACUACUGGGCUCCUGAAGUCCCGAACUGGGGAAUUUGAUUUGGAGUCCAUCUUAUUUCUCAAACUAAGGAGUCUAGAAAUAUAUGAUCUUGGAUGCAUUGGAGAAUGUAUAAACCUGGAAAGGCUGGACCUCUCUGGGAAUAAUAUUACAAAUCUAGCACCUCUUGCAUCACUCAGACUUCUGCUUGUGCUUAAUCUGUCGGCUAACAGGAUUUCCAACAUAGAACCCCUCUCUAGUUGUGAAAGUCUGCAGAGUCUGAAUCUGGCAGGCAAUCUUAUAUCCAGCAUUGAUGGCCUCCAUGCUUUGAAGCCUUUACGGAAAUUAGAGAGUAUUAGGCUGAAGGACAACACCUAUAAUCACACUAAUCCAGUUUGCAAGAACUCAGCAUACAGAAACACAGUCCUUGAAAUGUUCCAAAACCUCAAGGUGUUCGAUGGGGAGCGGGUGGUUGGACGCGGAAGUGAUCUGUACCAACUAUGUAAAGACAUUGAUGACACAAUAAAAGGCAUGUAUAAAAAUGGCCAGUUGCCAGAAGUGCCAGACUGUAAGCCAUGGGUAGAAGAUGGGUUUUGGGAGAUAAAGAGGUCAAAUAAUGCCAUUGUUGAAGAAGCCUACAAACAAUUUAAUGAUGUUCUUCAUGAAUGCAGGCUGCUAAAUAGAAGAGCAGCUCAUGCCAUCUCACAAACUGAGAGGACACUCGGCCUCAAAAACCCACCAAAGCAGUAUUCUGUUUGAAAUAACCACACAUUGAGACCGUUUUUUUAAACCGUUUUGAAACCGUGUUGAUGGUAUAUAUGUACACGCGCGCACACAGGUGUAUCUCAAAAAAUUUGAAUAUCGUGGAAAAGUUCAUUUUUUUCCGCAAUUUAAUUCAAAAAGUGGAAUUUUCAUAUAUUCUAGAUUCGAUACGCAUAAAGUGAAAUAUUUCAAGCCUUUUUUAAAAUCUUGAUUAUGGCUUACAUGGAAAUCAAAAUUUAUCAUUUUCAAUGCUUGUGCUAUUUUCUUGUAGCCGCUUCCCAUUUUGUGAAGCUCAACAACCUUUUGCCAACACAUCACAGCUAAAUUCCUUGGUCUUACCCGUUGUUAUUAAUGACUAAGGCAAUUUGGCCUAUGUCUUACCUCAUAUUUAUACCCCUGUGAAACAGGAAGUCAUGGUUGAACAAUUCGUUCCACAAUUCACCUAGGUGUUCUAAAAAAUUUAAAAUAUCAAUGGGAAUAUCCUUCAAAUAUAUUUUAUCAUAUUAAUUCAUAGGGGUGCCAAUAGUUGUUGCACACCUAUAUUUAACCUUGUUUUUUGAUAAAUCUGUGUUUUGUUUGCAAUUAUUUGAUAUCCAUGAGUGCAGAGUAUGUUUGUGAAUUUUUUUUAACAAAAGAUUAAAAGUUUAAACAGUAAAGACAAA